AUGAUUUGGCGGCAUGUUAACACGGCAGCUCGCGUCAUCAAAGGCACAAUCCGUCGUGACUUACCGUCAAAGGUUGCAUUAUGGUUAACACCUGAAGCUGUGAAGCGUGUCAAAUAUUUGCUAAGCAAGCAGCCGGAGACGACAGCGUUAAAAAUAAGUGUAAGGCAACGCGGUUGUAAUGGAUUGACGUAUACGCUCGAUUAUGCGCAACGAAAGGCAAAGUUUGAUGAAGAAGUUGUCCAGGAUGGUGUGCGUUUAUGGAUUGAUCCGAAAGCGCAGCUGACGCUAUUAGGUAGUGAAAUGGACUAUGUGGAAGAUCGUUUGUCUUCCGAAUUCGUUUUUCGCAAUCCAAACAUUAAGAGUACUUGUGGUUGCGGUGAAAGCUUUAGUAUAUGA